AUGGCAAAUGUUGACGUUCAAACGGCACCUGGUGCGGCUCUGGACAUCUUCUCAAAGAAUGUUGGACAAGUCGACGUAAGAGAUAUCAGCUCGACCCUGACUCCCUCGGAUCGAUAUCUCGUGCAAUCGCCAUAUACCGAGCAGGAACAUUUGCUUGAUCUCGAAACCCUCGACAACGAGAACACAAUCCUUGCACGCGCUCUAGGCAAAUUCCAGGCUCUGCGUGACGAUUAUGCGACCGCACCAUACACGGAAUCCUUCAACUGGCCAGAAGUAAUGGAAGAAGUGAAACGUCUUGCCCUCGAGUCUGGCAAGGGUUUCAAGGAGACGUCAUUCUAUAUCGUGGCGUUCCGUUCACGAAUCAAGCAAACAACCGAGUACGCCGACCUUGGCCGCCUUGACAAAGGAGCCCAUGCUGAGGCUGUCGCAAGCGGUGGCUUCCUAAAGUACUGGUUCGGUGAGCCUGACUCAGUAUUGGCCAACUUGGCAACUUGCAUUUGGCGAUCUCGAGAAGAUGCAAAGAACGGCGGCACUGGUCCAGCUCACCGAAAAGCUGCAGGAGCAACUCGGUCCAUGUAUGCAUUCUGGAAGAUUGAUCAGCACCGACUCAUCGUUCGAGAUAAUGUUGAAGAUUGGGAGAUUAUCCCAUGGGAAGAUUCAGCAUAA